AUGCCGUCCGCAACCGCCUCUCUCAACGGCACCCUCAUCGCCCAGUCCGACGCGACCGUCGUUGUCGAGGGGAACCAGUACUUCCCACCUUCGGCGCUGCAGGACCAGAGCCUAUUUGAAAAGAGCGAUACGCAUACGACAUGCCCUUGGAAGGGGUUGGCCAGCUACUACAACCUCAAGUUAUCCGACGGAACAGUUAUUCCUGAUGCGGCCUGGUACGUAGCUACCACGAUCCUCUUGAACAAUACCGACACAGAUUACUUCGCCUUUUACAAGAACAAAGUCAACGUAAAGGUACAAUGA